AUGGCACCCCCUCGAAACCGGAAGCAAACACCGGCCGCCCCAACGUUGCCAAGCACGGUGUGCUAUUGCGAUGGUGAGCGAGAGAUCGGCACCUUGGAAUUAUUCUGUACGAGCUGCCUAAAAUGGUUCCACGGGCGCUGUCUCAGGCAACUCAAAGAUUUUUACGGCCUAUCCUUUAUGGUAUGUUACGUCUAUCAAUGCGAAGACUGUAGCCCGACUAGAGAAGAAACGUGGACACCAAGACAAGCAAACUUUAUCCACAUGCUCGUCACCGUUUUGUCCAAUCUCACGUGCGAGGCAGCUAAAGCGAAAAAUAUCGAUCUGCUAAAGCCGUUGACGGAACGAAUUUUCUUUAAUUUGGAGGAUGCUAUCAUACCCUAUUUCGAGACUAACUGGGAGCACCUCACCUCGAUGCCACGAAGAGUCAAGACGACGUGGCAUCAAACACUUCAGUCAACGCUUAUGAAGCAAGGGGAUUUGUUUACGCUAAAUCCAGCCGACGAGAAUGGGUUCGCGAUGCUCGAACUCGACUUGUCGAAGAUUGGGCCCGCGCAUGAGGGAGUACGACAGAUAGGCAAGAAGACGCCUUCUUCUACAAAUCUUGCCUCGACGCUCGUGGCAGCUGUUCCGGUUAAAGAAAAAGUGGAGGAAGAGAUCGCCGAAGCCGGCCCGAAGACGCGCGGCGCCAAGAGAAGGACUGCCACCGACGGGGUGUCACAGCCCAGUAAAAAGGGAAAAUAUGGCACCGACUCGGUCCAGCUAACCAUUGCGGGACGCCCGAACCCCAUUGAAUGCCCGUUGAACAAAGAUGGAUACCGCUAUUUUCUCGUGGAAAAGGACCCAAAUGUACCUGAUAAGGAGAUAUUCGAGCAAGAAACCGAGUCCGCAAGCGCCGUCAAGAUUCGCGAAUUUCUUUACCGGGUUUCCCUCCCCGAGACGGUCACGAUGUCGCCAAACGAUCGGGGGUAUCAGCUCCGAAUGCAUGAUGAUCAAAUGACGGUGACCGGCCAUGAGGGGUACUGUGUCGCUCGGGCUUCUCACUCGGUGGCCAAAGGGACGUGGUACUUUGAGGUUAAUUUUCUGAAGCAACCGGGUGAAAGUCACGUGCGUAUUGGCUGGAGUCAACCAUACGCGGUGCUUCAAGCGUGCUUGGGCUACACGAAGUUUUCAUACAGUUGGCGCUCACAUAAGGGGACAAAGUUCCACGAGGCACACGGAAAGACGUACCAACUUGGCGGUUAUCAGGAAGGCGAUGUUCUCGGAUGUCUCAUCCAUCUGCCGCUCGACCCGAAAAAAUGUGCAAAUUCCGCUGAAUACCUGCCCGCCUCCUACAAAGACAUCGAAUUCUUUCACAAUGGAAAGCCAUGCGGCGUGGCGUUCACCGAUAUCUAUGCGGGAUUUUAUCACCCGGCCGUCAGCAUUUUUCACGAAGCAACUGUGCAAUCGAAUUUCGGGCCCAAAUUCAAGUAUCCGGUGAAGGGAGCGCGUGCUUUUUGUGAAAGGGCCGAGGAGACACAGUACGAACACUCGCUCUCCGACCUGCUCGCCCUCGUCGAAAACGAAGAUGAACGGGCGAAGGCUGUCGAGAAGAUCCGUGCGGAAUUGGACAUGUCGUGCAGCGGCUCUCCAAAC